CGGCGCGGCAGCGCAACCAAGAACGUUCUCAUACUGAUGAGCGAUACGGGGGGCGGGCACCGUGCAUCCGCCGAGGCGAUCCGGGACGCCUUCAGGCUCGAGUUUGGUGGCGAGUACAGGGUAUUUGUUAAAGAUCUGUGUAAAGAGCAUGCUGGGUGGCCAAUGAACAAUAUGGAAAAAUCCUAUAAAUUCAUGGUGAAGCAUGCAAGCUUGUGGAAAGUGGCCUUUCACGGUACUUCUCCAAGAUGGGUUCAUUGCCUUUAUCUUGCCGCCAUUGCUGCCUUCUACGCUAAGCAGGUUGAGGAGGGUCUAAAGAAGUACAAGCCAGACAUCAUCAUAAGUGUUCAUCCUCUGAUGCAGCACAUCCCUCUAUGGGUUCUCAAAUGGCAGGGCCUUCACAAGAGAGUAGUCUUCAUGACUGUCAUCACUGACCUCAACACUUGCCAUCCCACUUGGUUCCAUGACGGUGUCACAAGAUGCUAUUGCCCUUCAGACGAGGUUGCCAAAAGAGCAUCGCUCGAUGGCCUGGAUCCAUCUCAAAUAUGUGUAUUUGGUCUACCAAUACGCCCAUCCUUCUGCCGUGCAAUUCUCUCAAAGAACGAUCUAAGAGAAGAACUUGAAAUGCACCAUGAACUGCCUGCAGUUCUUUUAAUGGGAGGCGGCGAAGGCAUGGGUCCUGUAAAAGAGACUGCAAAGGUUCUUGGAGAAUCACUAUAUAAUGAAGAGCUCCACAGGCCAAUUGGGCAGCUUGUGGUCAUUUGCGGACGUAAUCAAGCAUUGAGAACUUCUCUACAGGAAAUUCAGUGGAAAAUACCUAUCAAGAUCAGAGGAUUUGAGACCCAGAUGGAGAAAUGGAUGGGAGCCUGUGACUGCAUUAUCACCAAGGCGGGUCCUGGAACGAUUGCUGAGGCAUUGAUAAAGGGACUUCCAAUCAUCCUAAAUGAUUUCAUCCCUGGCCAGGAAGUAGGAAAUAUCCCAUAUGUUGUCAAGAACGGGGCAGGAGUAUUCUCCAAAAGUCCAAAGGAAACUGCAAGGCUAGUUGCCCAAUGGUUCGGUCCAGACUAUGAAAAGCUCAAGAAAAUGUCUGAGAAUGCACUAAACUUAGCGCAGCCAAAUGCAGUUUUUGACAUUGUGAAGGAUAUCAAUGAGGUUGUGCAACAACGCGGCCCUCUGACAAGGAUCUCCUACUCACUCACUUCGUCAUUCAUGUACCCGAUAUAAUAUCGUUUUGGUUUGGUUUGGUAGUGAAUCUAACAUAACUGAAUUGAUUUCUGACAAGUUUGAUGAAUUGUACAGGGAAAAUUUUAUGGCUCAUUCUUUGGCCUCAAGUGGCUCUUUUUUUGGGCUUUGGGUGUGUUUGUGUUAUUUUUUGUUUUAAUGAAAUGUGAAUAACAAUGUAUCAUCCCCUUUAGUAUU